GGGAUAAAGAAAAUACCAUAAAUAUUUUGAGUGAACAACUCAAGGGGAAACAAGAAGAACUAAGAAUUGCUCAAGAUAAAAUUGAAAAUAAAGAUGCCAAAAUCAGUGAUCAAAAUAAACAAUUAAAUGAUCAAUUGAUGAAUAUUGUGAACCAAAAACAAAUUCUCGAGAAUACAGAGGUCGAGGUAAAUAAAAUGAACGAAACUAUUCAGGCUUUACUUAAUCAAAUUAAUGACAAUAAUAAUUUUAACAAUGCCAGAAAAAAAGAAAUUGAGAGUCAAAAUGUAUUAAAUCAAGCGCAAGCUAAAAAAAUAAACACAUUGACAAAAAAUAUUCAAGAGUUGAAAGACAUAAUCGAAAUCCAAAAUUCCGAAAUAAAUGCCAAGCGUAAAGAAAUCGAAAGUCUGAAAAAACGUAUAUCGGAUUUGAUGGAAGAAAAUGAAGCUGAAAAUGACGAAAAAACUUGGAUUACUAUUCAAAAACGCUUUGACGGCUCCGAAAACUUCGACCGAAACUGGACAGAUUAUAAAAAGGGAUUCGGCGAUGCAAAGGGAGAAUUUUUCAUUGGUCUAGAUAUAAUUCAUGCCAUGACUCACUCGCGACGACAUGAACUUUUGGUUAAACUGAAGACGAAAAAUGGAACUACUUACUAUGCUCAUUACGAUAAUUUCCAAAUUGGCAACGAAGAACAAUCUUAUGAGCUGAAAUCUCUUGGAAAAUACUCAGGCACAGCCGGUGAUUCAUUUUCUCUAACAGGACCAUUGCCACUUGAGUUCAGCACAAGCGACAAGAAUAAUAAAAGAUGCUCUAAAACUCACGGUGGUGGAUGGUGGUACUAUAACUGUUCAGACUGUAUGCUCAACGGAAAGUUCUAUACGAGUGGACGACGCAGUUUAGGAGAGGUCUACGGAAUUCAUUGGGGAACGAUUCAAAAUCAUGACUGGUCGAUCUCAUUGCCGUUUUCUGAAAUGAUGGUUAGGCCUAAAAGAGCCUAGAAUUCAAGCAUUACGUCUUUGAAUUUGCAAUUUAAUGCAAUUUGUAAAUGGUAAAAUUUUUUCUGAUCUGUUGGCU